UAAAAUGGCCAUAACCCUCGAAAGAAGCAACAUGGGCCUAAAUCCUCUUAGGCUUUUUCUUAGCAUACUGACCCCUACAUAUGGGCAAAAUAUAAGCAAAAUCGGCGUGAAUCACUUGAAAGGGUUCCCUCGUUAACUGUAGAAAUUAUCCUAAUGAUUCAUAUUAAGAUUAAUUUAAUAAAUAAAGUCGAGUGAAUUUUUUUCAAUAAAAUAUUUUAGAUGUCAAUGAUUUAUCGUUAACUUCAAAAGAACCAUUAAGUUUAGAAGCACAACGUAUGAUAAUUAAAUCAAAACUACAAACUGAUGCACCAAGAGGAAAUGCAAAUAACUAUCGUAAUGUAUUUGGUGGCAGAGAUUCUGAUACUUGUACUACAAUGUCUGUUAGUGCAUCAGAUAUGCCUAAUGGACAAAUUAAAGUAGAUUCAUACACUGGAGCAUUAACAUGGAAUAUAGAACUAAAACGUUUGGAUCCAACUUCAAGUAUUCGAUUAAAAAAAAUACUUGUUGAAACAUCAAAUAAUGAUAUUGGAAUGAUUACAGUUAUUCCAUUAACAUUACAAAAUAACGGUCAACUUGUUCAACUAAAUUCUAUUUCUAGUCAAGUAAAUUCACCAAUUACAGAUUUUCGAAUGUAUUACAAUAUGAAUAUAUACACAUGUUUGGUCACAAUGUUUCCAAUUUCUUCUGGCAGUGUCAUCAAUCAAAAUCAAGUAUCAAUUACUAUCGAUUAUUGUUCUCUCAUAGGAAAUCAAAACAGAGUGCCGAAAUUUACACUUAUAAAUCCUGACUUAUCGCGAAAUAAUAUGAACUCUAAAGAUGAUACUGUUAAUCAACAACCUCAUAUAAUAUUAACUUCAUCAUAUCAACAACCAAAUGUGGUUCAAACAUAUAAUGUUCCAUCACCUGCUAGAGUUAUUCCAUAUAUUUCAGGACCAAUCAAUGGUGUUACUCAAACGAAUCCCGUAUCUACUGCAUCAUGUAAUCAACCACAAUCGUUAACGAUGCAUAGUAGCUCGCAUAAUGUUGUUGUUCAAGACAAUAUUUGGCAGAUUAAUAUUGAUCAAAUUUAUGGCUUACCUGUAAUUGUUAAUUCACUUCAAGUUAACACUCAAGGACAACUUGUUAGUGGAACCGUUCUUUUAACAUUUAUUGAUGCUAAUCAAAAACAAAUUGGUCCAUACGUAUUUCAAAUGAAUACUGGCAGUCUUUUGACUUUUCAAAAUCUUCCAUCAAUACCUAUUUCAAGUGUUCAACUUCAAUUUCCUGAUGGUACUCAAUCUUCUAGUUAUUUACUUGACAUGGUGAUUUGUUCACAGACAAACGUUGCACCACCAGCAAUUAAUUCAUUGGAAAAUCAACCAUGGAUUGCUCCUGCUCCACUUCCUGCUCAAAAGGUUCCUAACAGUCCAUCAAUAACAAUUUCUGAUAUAGCACCUCAAAGUCAAUCGCAACAAGUUCCACGUAGGACAUCUAUUACAUUUUCAUAUAUAUCGUUAUAA